AUGGAUUCGCGCCUGGGUCUCCUCAUCGCCCUGCUGCUGGCGGCCGUUCAAGCCUUCGGAGCCCUGGAACCGCCGGCGACUCCGAGUGCUGCGCAAAAUGCUCUAUUUCGGUUGGCGUUCAAUGUGAAAGGUCCGUGUGCCGACAGCGAAGACGUCUUCAGGUGCAUUGAGAUCGAGGGACUUCGCCGCCUUCGCAACGCCAUUAAGAUGCGACAGGUGCCCAUUGUGGAGGGUGUGAGUCUGGUGCGGCGCGAUUCUGUCGACCAGGACACUCGAAGUGGUCGCGCCAGCUUGGUGGAGAACCAGCUGAGCAACCGCGACCUGGAGCACAUGUCUGGUAAGAGCUUGGACGCCCUACUACUGGACCGCUUCCUUAGCUUCAUGCACAGCCACGAGCUGCAGGUGAAUCUGCCGCGCCUGCUGCGCUUCGGCGAGCGCAAUGGCCAGGAUUGGCUGCAGCACCUGUUGAGCUACUUCCUGCCCGCCAGCAAGGACGAGAGCGAGGGUCGCAAGAAGAAGGACGAUAAGAAGUAUCUGGGCCCCUUCAUCGCCGCCGUUCUACUGAAGACCGCCAUUAUGAAAAUGGCCUAUCACUCGAUCGCCAUUGUGGCGGGCAAGGCCCUGGUCGUGGGCAAGAUUGCCCUGAUCAUCAGUGCUAUAAUUGGCCUGAGGAGGCUGGUGGGUGGGGCCGGUCAAAGCGAGAAGACCACCUACGAGAUCGUUAAGCAUCCUCAGGUGCAGCAAAGCCACACCUAUUCCUCCAGUCACCAGGGCGAGUACGACACGGGCCACGAUGGCGGCUCCUAUCAUCGCAGCAUCGACGACGAGAUGAUGAUGCAGGACAAGGCCUACCAGGCCUGGAUGCCCCAGGUGGGCGCCACCGCCUCUUCCGCCGUCAAGGGGUCGCGAUAA